CUUGACUAGUUGACUUGACUUAACAAUGGCGAAGACGAUGUUAAGAAGCCACACUAGCCACCACCACCAGCUUCAAUUUUGAGAAAAAAAAACCCUAGUAAUCGAGAGAGAGAGAGGAGCUGGGACGAAGAGCGACUCUUAAAUGGAAGAAGAGAGUCGAAUUGGAGACGAGCUCUCGAGUUUAAUACUCACGGCGGAGCGACUCCGUGUAGCGGUGGAUGAAGCUGAAUCGUUCAAAACAGAGUGUGGUGAGGUAGGUAAACAAGUAGAUCGUCUCGCUCAAAUGCUUAGAACGCUCGCUCGAUUCGUCUCCGGUUCUCCUCAACCGGUUUACGACCGGCCGAUUCGUAGAGUCAUCGUCGAUGUUAAGAAGAAUCUAGAGCGAGGUUUAGCUCUCGUUCGCAAGUGUAGGAGACAUAAUCUGAUCCGGCGGGUUUGUACUAUCAUCAACGCUGGCGAUUUUCGCAAAGUGGUUAACCUUUUAGAAUCUUCCAACGGCGAUGUGAAAUGGAUUCUGAGUGUGUUCGAUUCCGACGGUGACGGAAGUUUCGGUGGUGGUGGGAUUGUGAUUUCGCUUCCUCCGAUCGCUACGAAUGAUCCGAUUUUGCCUUGGGUUUGGUCUUUGGUUGCGUCGGUACAGAUGGGGAAACUGGUGGAUAAGAUUGACGCGGCGAAUCAGCUCGGUUCUCUUGCCGGAGAUAAUGAUCGGAAUAAGAAGAUUAUUGUUGACGAAGGCGGUGUUGCUCCGUUGCUUAGGCUUUUAAAGGAGAGUUCAUCGGCGGAGGGGCAAAUCGCGGCGGCUACGGCGUUAGGGUUAUUGGCUUGUGAUGAGGAUAAGGUUAGGUCUAUUGUUAAUGAACUCGGUGUUCCUAUUCUUGUUCAGGUUCUUGGUGAUUCUUCUGUUAGAGUUCAGAUUAAGGUAGCUACAUUGGUUGCAAGAAUGGCUGAGCAUGAUCCUAUUGCUCAAGAUGAGUUCGCUAGGCAGAGUGUGAUUAAGCCUCUAGUUACGUUGCUUUCUUUGGAUGUGUUUGUUGAUGAUCUUCAUUUGAGUAAGCAUAGUAGUAUUCACUCUCUUGUUCAGAUGAACAAAGAUAUUGAGAGAGAUCCUUCUUUGAAAGUUUAUAAGCCGUUUAAGAGUUCUAAGUCGAGUGUGUAUCGUGACAUUGGUGGUAGUGGGAGUAGAACAGGGAAUUUUAAGAAAGAUAGGGAUAAUGAGAAUCCUGAGGUGAAACUUGAGCUUAAGGUUAGUUGUGCGGAAGCUCUGUGGAUGCUUGCUAGAGGGAAUGUAGCGAAUAGUAGGAGGAUUACGGAAACGAAAGGGUUGCUUUCUUUGGCCAAGAUUGUGGAAAAAGAAGUUGGUGAAUUGCAGUACAAUUGUUUGAUGACUCUUAUGGAGAUAACAGCUGCUGCAGAGUCGAACGCUGACCUUAGACGAGCAGCUUUCAAGACUAAUUCCCCGGCUGCUAAAGCUGUUAUUGACCAGAUGUUAUGGCUAAUCAAAGAUGUUGAUAGCCCGAUCCUGAAAAUCCCAGCGAUUCAAUCUAUCGGGUCAUUGGCGCGGACAUUCCCUGCGAGAGAAACUAGAAUGAUCGAGCCAUUGGUCGAGAAACUCGGUAGUAGCAAUCAAGAAGUGGCGAUAACAGCUGUAAUUUCGUUGCAGAAAUUUGUCUGUCCCGAGAACUUCCUCUGCUCACAGCACUCUAAGAACAUCAUCGAAUAUGGGGCGAUCCCGUUACUUAUGAAACUGAUAAGGAACUUCGAGCAGCAAAUGCAGCUACAGUGUCUAGCCCUGCUUUGUUACCUUUCGAUAAAUGCUAGUAACCAUGGACAACUGGAACAAGCAAAGGUUUUGACGGUGCUUGAAGGUGCAGAACGGUUGGCGGGUUUGCAGAACAUGGAGUUGAGAGAACUUGUAUCGAAAGCGAUAUAUCAGUUGAGUCUAUACAAUGCAGGAAGCCAUAGUCAAAUGCUAUCGUAUGGUGGUCCUUAAAAGCGAAGAAGAUACAGUUUACAGUUUGUUGGAUUCAUGGUACAGACAGAAUCUUCAUUGUUAGAUUUUUACAGAGAAAGAACAAAAGCAGAAUCUCUCAUUUUGUGAUCGUUGAUUGAUCAAAAUCCCUCAUUGUAAAUGAAACGAAACAAAGAUAAUUAGAUGGAAGGGUAAUAAAACUUGCUUUGCUCUGUCUGAUUUGCUUGGAAACCAUAGGAUUUUAGGAAAAAAAAGAAAAGAAAUUUGCUUUGCUCGAGUUGUGUCUUAGGGCAAAUCCAUCAAAGGAUGUAAGCAGCAUCUUAAGAGUUUCUAAAGUAUUACAUGUGAUUAAAUUUAAUUGUUUUUGUAUAAUUUAGUUUAGAAUCGUUUUUUAGCUAAGAUGUUUUUGGUAUGUUUAGAAACUUGGCUGUGUCAGUUUCUGAUUGAGUGGGAGAAAAAUAAAAUUUUUCUUUUAUUUUUUUUGUUAAUUAUAUGUCUCUCUCUUCUCUCUCGUCUCUCUCGUCUCUCUCCUUUAAUCGACAGAAGAAGAAGAAGACAUGAACCGACAAGGCGGUGGUGGGAUUGAAGAAGAAGAAGAAAUUAACUGACAAGGCGGUGGUGGACAACGGCUGAGAUCAGCUAGACCCACCACAAUUCACGAUUGUGCUCUCGCGGCGAUCUUAUUGCUUGCAGCGGCUCCUUAAAGACAACCCUUCUCUUCUCAAUGAAUGCAAUCCCGUCCUUGCUGGUGGCAAUGCUGCUCUUGCUCUUGCGGUGACUGUGACAUCCAACUUAUUAGGAAUUUUAAGUGCAAAUAUUAUCUGAACCUUUUGAAUCUGUAAUGUGGCAACGCAGCUAGCAGCGGUGGCAGCAUUGUGUGUGCAAUACGAAUCUGAGUUUAGACCAAAUAUGAGUAUAGUUGUAAAAGCUCUGCAGCCACUUCUCAAACCUCCAGCGCCAGUCCCAGUACCUGAAUCAUGAGUAUAUGCGCCUUUUAAAUACCCCCCGGUGUCUUCUUCGUGUAACAGAGUUAGAUUCUUUGUUCAUACAAAGUAAGAAUUUUACUCUGAUUUGGGAAAGAACAUAAAAGUAUAAUAAGAUCAUAACUUUGUUUUUUUUUUGAGGGGAUGGAGUUAUUAGUCAGCAUUUUGGUUUGAAACAAGAGUGUAUUCUUAUGUUGCAUUUUGCUUAUGUGCUGUAUUGGAAACAGGCUUUGCUUGAUUGGCGUGGAGAACAAAAGAUGUAUUGCAAUUUGUGUUCUUUCUU